UGAGCACUGACACCUGGGUGCUGCAGGCAUUGAUGAAUCAGGAAUCUCAGACCGUCGACUCGACUGGUCUGCCUCACAUCGUCAUCUCGUAUGUCCCUGGGCGAUUCGGCCAAUGCGUGCAGAACUAUGAGACCGGGCGACCAGAAUUCGCCCGGCCGUUCCACCUGUAUCAGAAUUCUAAUGGCACCUGGACCAAGUUUGAGAUCCCGUUCUUCAUCCAGAGCGUGGGCCGCUCGCAAAUCGUGAUGGACGCCAGCGACAACGUGUACGUCGUGAUGCCGUUCGUGCGGGUCGUCACAGCCACGAAGGCGUCGGGGUGGACUGACUGGACGGUGGCUUACAACGGGACAACCGCCGGGCUGAAUGCGUUUGGCGAAGUCACGUUGGACAGGGCGAGGCUGCCCAGCGGGGUCCUCUCGGUGCUCUACCAGCAGUCCAGCACGGGGACUACCCCGUCCCCCGUCCAUCUAAUCGAGUUCAAUAUGAACAAGUAGUCGCGGUACCCAUUCCGUAUAUCAAUCUGUUUGUCGUUUGUUUGCGGUGGUAAUCUACAUAAGUACUGGUUCGCGAUCGAUCAGUGGGCGAAGUAACUCCGCACAUGGACAGAAUCACCACCGAGCUCGCAGCAGCCCUCGUCGCACAACUGCGCCAAACGCCGCCCGACACGCGCCUCAUCGUCGGCGUCGCCGGCAGCCCCGCGUCCGGCAAAUCGUCGUUCUGCCACCGCCUCGUGAGCCUCGUCAACGACAGCGCCGUGCCUGGCGACCCUGCGCCUGCGGUCCUGGUAGGCCUCGACGGGUGGCACCUCUCGCGUGCGCAGCUCGACGCGCUGCCCGAUCCCCGGCUUGCACACGAGCGCCGCGGCGCGCACUGGACGUUCGACGGGCCCGGGUACGUCGCGUUCGUGCAGGCGCUGCGCGGACCUGCCGCCACUGUCGUCGUCAAGGCCCCGACCUUCUCGCACGCCCUGAAGGACCCGGCGCCAGACGCGCUCGCCGUCCAUCCGCACCAUCGGCUCGUCGUGAUCGAGGGUCUCUACGCCUUCCUGGCGAUCGAGCCGUGGAGGGUGGCCGCGGAGCUGUUGGAUGAGCGGUGGUUUCUCAGGGUCGAAGAGGCGGAGGCGCUGCGGAGGCUCGUCAAGCGGCAUGUGGAGACGGGGAUCUGCCCCGAUGAGGAGACGGCCAGGCAGCGGGCCGAAGGAAAUGACAUACCCAAUGGUAAGUUUGUCGUCGAGAACAUGUUAGAGCCGACCAGGUUCAUCGAAAGCAUUGACGAUCCCGUCAUGGCUCACGAGCUAGUGUAAUGUAAAGUAGCUGGGCUUGACUACAAGGACGUAAGUUAGAAGAAUUUCACGAUGCCUGAUAAUCAGGCUCGCAUUGGAGAGCAG